AUGAAGUUCUCCUCCGUCAUCGCGGGCGCCGCUCUUGCGGGUUCGGCCUUCGCUGCUGAGCUGGACCCCAUUGUCAUCAAGGGCUCCAAAUUCUUCUAUAAAUCUAGCGGCGAGCAAUUUUUCAUGCGCGGUGUUGCAUACCAACAGGAAAUCUCCAGCAAUGGCACUACCAAUAAAACUGGCUAUAAAGACCCCCUUGCCAAUGUCGAGAAUUGCAAACGCGACAUUCCACUCCUCCAAGAACUAGAGACAAAUAUCAUCAGAGUCUACGCGAUCGAUCCCAAGGCGGACCACACCGAGUGCAUGGAAAUGCUCCAGGAAGCCGGCAUCUACGUGGUCGCUGACCUGUCUGAGCCCAGAACCUCGAUCAACCGUGAUGAUCCUAAGUGGGACAUCGAACUUUACAACCGCUACACUGCCGUCGUAGACGUGCUUGCCCCUUACUCAAACGUCAUGGGCUUCUUCGCCGGCAACGAGGUUUCAAACAACAAGUCCAACACUGACGCUAGUGCCUUCGUCAAGGCUGCCGUUCGCGACACCAAGGCCUAUAUUAAGCAGAAUGGUUACCGCUCCAUUGGUGUCGGUUACGCUACCAACGACGAUGCCGAUAUCCGCGAUGAUAUGGCUGAUUACUUCAACUGCGGCAGCAAAGAGGAGUCUAUUGACUUCUGGGGUUACAACAUCUACUCGUGGUGCGGUGACUCUAGCUUCAAAGAGUCUGGCUACGAUAAGGUUGUCAAGGAGUUCUCCUCCUACUCUGUCCCCGUCUUCUUCGCUGAGUAUGGCUGCAACGAAGUCCGCCCACGCAAGUUUACCGAUGUCGCUGCGAUGUACGGCCCUCAGAUGACACCCGUCAUCAGUGGAGGUAUCGUGUACAUGUAUUUCCAAGAGGCUAACAACUACGGUUUGGUCGACCUCAAGGGUGACAAGGUCACACGCCGUGUUGAUUUCAAGAACCUGAAGGAACAAAUUACCAAGGUCGACCCCAAGGGUGUCAAGAUGAGCGAGUACAAAGCCGAGUACACUGAACUCUCUGAGUGCCCCGGGACCAGCAGCGCAUGGAAAUCCCACCCGUCUCUCCCCCCCGUCCCCAACAAGGAACUCUGCGCCUGCAUGGUCAAAUCCCUCUCCUGCGUCGCCAAGAAGUCCAUCGACGACGAAGAUCUCGGUGACAAAUUCGGCACCGUGUGCGGGUCUUGGCGAGGAUGUCUGCGCCGGCAUCGCCCACGAUACUGA